CUUUUCAGCAUCAUCAUGAAACUUUAUUCUGUUUGUGAUGGACCUCCAAGUACAGCAUGUCGAAUGACAUUAAAGCAUUUAAAAAUUCCAUUUGAGCUUGUUGAAGUUAACUUCAAUGUUGGAGAACAUUUGACUGAAGAUUACGGGAAGCUUAACCCCCAACAUGAGAUUCCUGUUCUUGACGAUAAUGGAUUCGUGUUGAGUGAACACAUCGCUAUCAUGCAGUAUUUAUGUGAUAAAUACGCUCCAGGCACAGCAGCAUAUCCUAAAGAUCCAACUCAAAGAGCUUUGAUAAAUCAUCGAUUAUGCUACAACAUGGCCCACUUCUACAGUGCAGUCGCGCCAUACACUCUGGCACCGAUUUUCUUUGAAUAUCCACGUAAUGCUGCGGGUCUGAAACGAGUUCACGCAGCUUUACAAGUCUUUGAAGAGUACUUAAAAAGAGUUGGCAAAAAAUAUGUGGUUUCAGAUAAUGUAACAAUUGCUGAUUUUGCUUUAAUCUCUUCAAUGAUCUGUUUGGAAGGAAUUGGAUUUCCUUUCGAUACAUUUUCACUCGUCAAGAAAUGGUAUGAAAAUUUUAAGAAAGAGAAUCCAGAAGAAUGGUCUGUUGCCGAAAGUGCUUUGAAAGUCAUUCAAGAGAUUGAAAAAAAUCCACCAGAUUUGAGCAAAUUGAAUCAUCCAGUUCAUCCUCUUUCGGAUAUAAUGACAUAUGAAGAUAAUUUAUCAUCUGGAAUUACAAUUAUAGAUCUGAGCAGCGACAAAGAAGAUGAGGAUGAUGAUGUCCUAUCGGAUCAAGCAUUGAAGAAAGCUGCACUUCAACAGUCCUCAUUAGAUGGAGAAUCAAAACAAAGGAAUGUAGCAGUGAAACGAGGUGCACCUGCUCCCCAAACUUCAACUUUACCACCUACUUCUCCAACACCUCAACAGACUAAAGUUUAUGGCAAAAAGUUUGAUCUCAAUCUUCUGAAAGACAGCAAUUUUCUGGCUGAUUUCAAUCCUGAGAAUUCUCGUCGUGAAAAGAACAAACUCUUCAAUUUUUACAACAACAAACAUAAGAAAAACAUUCCAAAGAAAGCCAGCACUUCAUUGUAUGAUGAGGAAGGAAAAUUAAGAAUGACUAAAAAAGACGUCUGCGACUGUUUUGAAAUUAAUUGUCCUGGAUGUCACUUUCCUUGUGACAAUUGCAAAUCACAGAAAUGCGGCUCAGUUUGUCGUGUAAAUCGUAGAUGGACAUACGAAACGAUUGAAUACGAUGGAAAAAAUAUAUCGAAGACAAAUCCUUUACUGUCAGUUCCGAAUGAAAACAUUAAGAAUGCCUCGCAAGCCAGUGAUAAUGUUGUAAAGGACAAGAGUUUGAAUGAAAAAGGAAAAGACAAGGUGAGAGGACGAGAAACAAGAACAGAAGAGCAGAGAAAAAGCACAAUUGAAAGAUCGUUGGAAGGAAGAGAACAGCCGGAUUAUAGGAAAGCACGGAGGCCAGAGAAAAAGCCUAUAGUUGAAGAUAGCUCUGACUCUGAACUCUCCGAUACUGAAAGCAUUUCUGAUACUGAUAACAAUGACGAUCUGAAAGCCUCACGAAAACAGAGAUAUAAAUAUGCACUGGAAGAGGUACUUAAAGGGUUGUCAGUAAGAGAAGCAGCAGAAAAGUGGGACGUCAAACGUCCUACACUAAAUAUUCUCAGACUAAAUCCUAAUCAUUGUAUUCAUAGCCCAAAAGUAAUUUUGACUAAACAAGAAGAGAAAAUUCUUAAUCAGUGGAUUUUAGAUGAGGCAAAACAUGGAAGACCGCGCAAAAAUAAAGAAAUUCUUCGACAUGCUCUUUACAUUCUUAGACUUCGACUAGGAAAUAAAGCAAUAAUGCCAUCUCAUUCUUGGUUGAAACGUUUUAAAAAACGACAAAAUUCGGAAAAUCAACGAACACUUAGAAAAUUCAAGGAUGCUAAGUAAAUGAUUGAAGAUGAAAUAAAAUUUUAAGAUAUCUAGGUAAGUAUUAUUGUGAAAAACAUUUCAAUUGUUCGAAUGUGGGGGAUGCAUGAAUUUCUGAAAUUUUCUGAAUCAUUUUUGUAGAUAUUUCAUUUUCAAGUCCUGAUAAAAAAAAAUGUCACAAAGUUUACAUUCUGCAGUGAGCA